AUGACCCAGUCAGCACCAGUUCAAGAGCAAGCGCAGAAAGUCGAAAAGACCCCCUUGCAAUUAAUUUCGCAGGGGACCUGCCUCCCUGGAAUACCCAAACAUCCCACAUUCGCUGCGCAAAGACAAUGGCAGUUGGAGAAGAUGGCACUGGCCUUUCGUGUAUUUGCACGAUUGGGUUAUACGGAUGGCAUGGCUGGCCAUAUCUCCGUGCGAGAUCCUGAAAAUCCACACACUUUCUGGACAAACCCUCUGGCAGUGCAUUUCGCUAUGUUGAAAGCUAGCGAUAUGAUUCUUGUCAACUAUGACGGUGUUCCCAUCGGAGGAAACAUGAGUCGACCAGCAAAUGCUGCAGGUUUCCUUAUCCACAGCGCAGUCCACAAGGCUCGACCAGAUGUUGUCGCCGCAUGCCAUACCCACAGCGUACAUGGUAUGGCAUGGAGUGUCUUUGGUCGACCUAUAGAGAUGAUCACACAAGACGCUGCAUACCUUUAUGGUGAUGCUCAGGCUGUAUACCAUGACUUUGGAGGCGUUGUUGUCAGCCAGGAAGAAGGUGAUAAGAUUGGCGCUGCCUUGGGACCCAAGGGCAAGGCUAUGAUUCUUCAGAAUCAUGGUCUUCUCACGGUUGGUACGACAGUCGACGAGGCCUGUUUUCUCAUGACUCUCAUGGAGCGGGCUAGUCAAUGCCAGUUACUUACGGAGGCUGCAGCGGCUAAUGGUAUCCCAAAGGUCCUCAUCUCCGAAGCGAGUGCAAAGUAUACGUUUGAGAAUUCAAGCGACCCUGAGACAUUGUACUGGGAGGGUCAGCCUGAUUUAGAGUAUGAAGAAUACAUAUGCAAAGGAGAGCAUAAGCUAUAA